GUUUAGAAGCGACGCAGUAUGCAGUGCUGUCAGAAGAGAAUGGUUUCUCCCAUCACCUGUGCUUCAAGUGGUUUGUCCCACUAUUCAGCCAGCCUACCCUGAAUGAGUCAUCCUGCUCUUCCCUGAUUGGCCGGUUGGGAUCCAUCCCGAGGGAUUGCCGUGCAGAAAGCUGCCGAGGCCUGACUUCAUUCACAGAAACAUCGGUAUGCCUGUCCGCCUUUCCAUUCACAGCGAGCCCAGAUCAUUUUCGUCCGCACGGCUCCCCAGCAUCCUCACAUCCUCUCCUCAGCAUCUCUUCUGCAACUCUGUGACAACACCGAACAAGGAGCACUUAUAAUGUUUUCUUUGCUUUUGUCUUAGUGGAGAAGACAAACCCUUGCUCGCUCUCUCUCUCUCUCUCUCUCUCUGUCUUUUCCUCUUUUUUUCAAUUUGCAGGCAGGCAGGAAAGCGAGAUGCUGGGAGGGACUGCAGUGCGUUAGCCGCAGAGGUGGAAGAAGCUUGUGAAUGACUGCUGCUUCCCUGUCACGAGCUCUUCUGGACAUUUUACAUGAAUGGCUCUUUUUUUGCUGCCUUAAUGUCGUGGGCUUCAUCGUGUUGGCUGCUUUUUAAUGGGGCUGGGAGAUCUGACAUCUCUUUUUUCGGUCGUAUCCCUGCCGAAUCCGGAUGGCAUUUAAGUGAGAUUGAAUCUCAACGUUGUGUAUUUGAAAGGGAUGUUUAAUUAUUCAACAAAGCUCAUUGAGGAGUAAAGCUCAGCUUGUUUUGCGUUCUGUAGGGGGAGAUAUUCGAGUGCUCGUGUGGAUGGAUUUAUGCCGAUUUCGUAGUACGUAAGAAAGAACGAAUGUGACAAACAAAGAGAUAAAGCCGCAUUGGUCUUGGGGUUUAAAUUUGAACACAUUUUAAGUUUGCCAUUAACAAUGGCGAUGCAUAAGUGAGGUAGAACCAAACAGACUGAUGCGGGCAAAAGGAGAACGCUUUCCAAUAUUUAAUAUCAGUUUGGUAGAUUAUUAUUUCACAGUCAAUGGCAGGUCAUGCAACACACCUUUUGAGUAGACCACCUUGCUUCUGAAUUGAAAUAAAACUGUGAUUGCAUGUACGGAAAAUUAGCGAGCGCCAUGCACGGCGACUCAAGUUUCAUUGUAUGUGGCGUACAUGUGAUCAGACAACAUGCACGGUACUCCAGUGUGAUUUCUGCAUUGAAUUAUGUCAGUGGAUUUUGUUGCUGACUGAUUUUGAUUCUAGUUCAUUCUGACUGAGCUCGGGUUUCACUACAGUGAUCGGUUUAUUGCAUCUUCUCCAUUCUGUUUAUCUGUUUCAACACGGACCGAAUCAAAGCAAGAGGCGUUCCUACGGACAGGGCGAAUUUUAAGAAUUGAUUGGUUCUACUGAGCUGUAAGUGGGAGUUUUUUUUUUUUGUUUUUUGUAAGGGAAAGUGCUCUGCAGUGUUGAGUGAGUCUUUUGUUGAGAAGGGUCUCUCUCUCUCGCUCUCUCUCUCUUUCUCUCCGAGUGAGUCAUGCAUGUUCAGGGAUCUGCCAGGAUGCGGGGGGAGAGAGAGACAUCCCAUCACUAGAGCUCUGUCUCUCUCUCUCUGCCAUCUCUGGCCCUCUAUCUCUGUAGAGGAGCGACCUCGCGCUGCUUUUCUCUCUCGUCGUCCUCUGUCUCCAUGGAUUCCGCAUUUUGUGGUUUAUUUUUGGUCCCCAAGCUAUUGCUGCCACUGCUGCAAGGCGUCGGAUUUUCCUGACGGCCGCUCGCUUCCUUUCUUCAAACCCUUGAGGACGCUUUCUCGGCUCCAGCAUGUUAAAGAAGUGGACAGUCAGCUGGGAGUUGGAUGUGUCCGUUCGCAUGUAGGCUGGCACACCGAGGGGAAUGCUUCACCGUGCUAAAUACAACCGAUUCCGGAAUGAGUCAGUGACGUCCGUCGAUGAGCUUCUGCAUGGUCUCUCCAUGAACGCCAAGGUCUCGGCCGUCCCGCCGUCGCCGCCCGUGGGCGACCCUCUGUACGCCCCACCAGCCGAGGUCUUGCCACCUGACCCCGUGGAAGAGACCGGCACCUUGUGCACCCUCAUCAACAAAGUCUCCAACCUCAAAUUCGCCAACUCCUCCGGACUCCUGGGCAUCAAGGGCCUGCCGUCCGCCGUCAAGGACCUGGCCGUGUCCAAACUCCAGGGAGGAGCGACAGGAGGCGGAUCCGGCAGCCCAGGCUCAUCCACCCUCCCGGCGGCCUCCGGAGCGCCUCACGCCCCGCUGGAGCCCAGUUCCGCAAACUCUGGGAAGAAGGGCAGGAUGGAAGAGUCUCAGCCCGGUGGAGAGGGCUGGGGCCUGGGCACGUCGGGGGCCGCGGGUUGCGGCGGGCUGGUGAAUAAGCCUUCUCGUGGAUGGCUGCACUCAGCCGAAAAGAUUUCUGGACCGGGAGUGACGUAUGUCGUUAAGUAUUUGGGCUGUAUUGAAGUCCUCCGGUCCAUGAGAUCCCUGGACUUCACCACACGAUCACAAAUCACACGGGAGGCGAUCAGUCUGGUGUGUGAAGCCGUCCCUGGUGCCAAAGGAGCUCUGCGCAAGAGAAAGCCUCCCUCCAAACUCCUCUCCAGUAUUCUGGGCAAGAGUAACCUGCAGUUUGCUGGGAUGAGCAUCAACCUCAACAUAUCCACCAGCAGUUUGAACCUGAUGACACCAGACUCCAAACAGAUAAUAGCCAAUCAUCACAUGCAGUCCAUAUCCUUUGCCUCCGGUGGAGAUCCGGACACGACUGAUUACGUCGCUUAUGUGGCGAAAGAUCCUGUUAACCGGAGAGCCUGUCAUAUUCUGGAGUGCUCUGAUGGUCUGGCUCAGGACGUGAUCAGUACGAUCGGUCAGGCGUUCGACCUGCGCUUUCAGCUCUAUCUGCAGUGUCCGUCCAGCAAACCCUCGUCCAUGCACGACAGGGUUAUGAGUACAGACGAGCCCCCGUGGACGGAGGAAGGAGAGGAGUCCGCCGAUCAUCACUACUACAACAGCAUUCCCGGGAAGAUGCCGCCACCAGGAGGCUUCAUUGAUGCUAGAUUGACCAAUCAGACGCAAGACAGCUGCCAGGCCGCUGGAGUCGACCAGACUUACUACCAGAGCCGCCCCAUGUUCAUCCAACAAGGUUCCUGUGACAUAUACAGUCUCCCUGAGGUCAAAGGUCAAGCCCUUAAACCAGGAGAAGUGCCCACGUAUGUGAACACGCAGCACAUUGACACACAGAUGCUGGCCGCCCUGCAGGGAGAGUCAGAGACGCCGUCCGAUUCGGGCACGAACGGGACAGCUAAAGACAGCCCGAGGAAGGACCUGUUUGACAUGAAGCCGUUUGAGGACGCCAUCAUGACCCAGACUCCAGCAUCAGGGCUGCAUAAAGCGGCGUCUGUGGAUAACUCCAGUCCUCUGCUGAUGCGCGCCGCCGCUCUGAGAGCUCAGGAGGAGCUGGAGGACCAGACGUGGUACCACGGAGAGAUGAGCCGCCGCCAGGCCGAGAAACUGCUGCUCCGCGACGGAGACUUCCUGGUGCGGAAGAGCAGCACAAACCCAGGCUCAUACGUCCUGACGGGGAUGCACAGCGGCCUGGCCAAACACCUGCUGCUGGUCGAUCCGGAGGGAACGGUCCGGACGAAAGAUCACAUAUUCGAGAGCAUAAGCCACCUGAUUGGCCAUCACCGUGACAACAACCUGCCAAUCGUCUCGGCGGGAAGCGAACUGUGUUUGAAGCAGCCGGUGGACAGAAAACAGUGACGACUCCUGAAAUCACACGGGACGCUCUUUUACGAAAACACACGCUCAGAUGACUGAAUCUCCGUCGGAGAACACGUGACGCUUGUCCACCUGCUUGACUGCGCCGGUUUUAGAUGGACCAUUUUAGUUUGGAUGAUGCGAAAGCGCUCUCACCGAAAGCUGAUUUAUAGAACUGACAGUUAUUUUAUUGCGUUGGCUGAGAAUCUCUAUUUUUGAAGAAGACAGCGGUGGAUUUCGGACAGCCGUUCGAAGGGGGAGUUUGGACGAACUCGGCCUCCGAGAGGGAUGCGACCAAAACUAGAUAAAGAGUAUUUUAGAAUAAAAAAGUUUUAGUUUUGUCUAUCAAGCACAACCGGAUUUCCAUGUACGUUGGUAAGAGAUAGAAGGUAAACUACAAUUU